GGGAUGUGGAGGAGUGGGUGGAGGGUCGCGGAAGCUACCUCCACAGCCCCGUGGGUCCCCGAUCUAACCAACUAGCUGUCGGAGGAGCUGGGCAUUUGUUACCUGAGAAGGAGGAAGCGGAUGGGGAUUAAAUACUGUCAUUGCAGGUGGCCCCGCGACACCAGUGCCUGUCACAGAGGUGUACUGACGUCACUCAGCGGAGUUAUGAGGGUUUCUGAUGCCACGCGGGACUCCCCAAAGGCCAGGAAAGUCCCGCGGAAUAGAUGGGGGGCUAUGGAAAACGCGAGGGAGAAAACCUGCGGGUGAUAUGUCCAACCAGAACUCAUCAGUGUCUGAAACAGAAAGUGAAUGUGAUUUUUAUUCUGACUGUUGGGACGAAAUUGCUUUACCAAUCAGUCAAGACUUGGUUAACUCUGACAGUGAAAGUAAUCACUGUCUUCCUGUGAAGAGUCCAUGUGGCUUGUUUGAAAAACAGAAACAAAAAAGCAAAAUCAGCAAACUUGUAGAGAUCUCAGGAAAUGAUCAGACCAACUUUAAAAAUUGUUGCAAAGAUUAUCCCUUGCUCCAAGCCCAAAAAUUAGAUAACACUGGAGAGUUUCGUGUAAAAUUAUUGCCAGAAUCUAUACUGCAUUUAAACGUUAAGGACUAUCAUUCAAGUGAUCAUCCAUCAAAAACUUAUUCAUCAAAACAAAAUUCACUCAGGUAUUUAAAUAGAAAAAUCCCUCAUAUUGCUGACAAAUUAGUAAAAGAGCAAACCUUAAAAGAAACUUGUAUAUUUCAUAAGCUACAUCAGAAGCUGUCAACAGCUGAUAACACUUCAACUUCCAAGCACAACAAAGCUGUGCAAGUUUUCUUUCCUUGUAGAGAAACAGAAACUGGGAAAAAUAUUGUCUGUGAGUGCUUCAAACAAUCAGCAAUUCCUGCUGAGGAUUCUUCACAGAUUAAUCAUGGUUGGAAGAUACUUGAUGGGAACCACAAAUGCUGCUAAAGCAAAGUUCAGUGCAGUCAUUUGCAAUAAGAAGACAGUGAUUUAAAAGUGAUGAAAUGUUUGUGUCUCUUGGAGCCUGCUUCAGAGAUAAUGUGAAUAAAGCACCACACAACAGA